AACCAACGGUCUUGGGUGUUUUCUUGUGCCUGCUUGUCACCUGCCUGCUAUUCCUACACCUCAUCCUCUUGUCCGCCCUGUUCACCUCCGGUAUUCGCCCUUCUUCACGCCGUCUUCUUAUCAAUUGUUUUCGCUUAUCUAGCUCCCGCCACCUUCCUCCUUGUAACCUUUAACCCUCCCCCCUCCCAUUCUCGGUCGAGAUGGGUAAUUCGCAAACGAAAGAGAGCCGACCGUCUCUCGCCGCGAAUCGCCGAAGCCAUCAAUGGAGCUCUGCAGGUGGCCAUGGGAGAUCGCCAUACGGCGAGAGACACCACGCAGAGGGCUCAAGGUCCACACGAGGUAGCAGGCCUGAUCUCUCCAUCCUCGGAAUAGGCGGAAGCUCGGAGCGCGACGUGGCGACGCUUGAACAUCGACGAGAGACCAGACAGGAACGAGAGGCUCGCCGGUUGGAGAGAGAACGGGCCGCUAGAGUCAAGGAACGGGAACGUAGUAUGAGAGAGGAGCAUGUGGAUGGGGGUUAUUUGGUGACGCAAGGUGUCUACACGGGCCCGGAGGAUUUCAACAAAGCCGUUGUCCGGCAACUCAUGAUCGAACGACGACUUGCCCCUUUCUGGCGAGGACUCAACGACUUUUCAGAUUCCUGGACCGAGCAUCAGCUAAUGGCGGCGGCGCGUGGUCUUCCGAUCCCUCCGCCGGACGAGAUUCCCCUCGAGUUGGACUAUAAAAACCCUCCUAAAUCCACCGAUGACCCGAAGGAGUCGGCGGAUUCGCAAGCUAUCCAACACCUAACCGUGCCGAUCACCUCGAGGUCACAAUCUUAUGGGUCUGAUGCAUCCCAGUCAUCCAACCCAGCCCAUUCUUUGCCCUCUUCGUCACCAAUUACCUCCGGGACCUCGAGUUCACCGCUGUUUCGAACCAGGGCAAAGACUCUCGCGUCUCUUACCACGUCAAAAUAUGGCUCACAGGCCGAUCCAUCUCCCCGCGAACUUCAGCUUCCUCGAGAUCCAUUUGUCAACGGCCAACCUAUUGAGGCGUAUCUUUACAAGGAUGCGACAGAAUGUCCCAUCUGCUUCUUAUACUAUCCGCCGUAUCUCAAUCGCACAAGGUGCUGCGACCAGCCUAUUUGCUCUGAAUGUUUCGUUCAAAUAAAGCGCCCCGACCCUCAUCCGCCAGAGCAUGGGGAUGCCGACGCGGGUGCCCCAGCGGAAACCCCCGAGGGCGACCGUGCUGAGAGCCAAGACUGUCAGCUCAUCUCGGAGCCUGCUGCCUGUCCAUUCUGUGUGCAGCCGGAAUUUGGCGUGACCUAUGUGCCUCCGCCCUUCCGCCGGGGGUUGGCCUAUGCCUCUGACCCAACUUCGCGUCCUAACUUUGCCUCCCCUCUGUCAUCUACAUCUUCUCUCUCCUCCGGAGGCGCUGCUGCCGUCGUGGGCCGCCGGCGCGCUACCUCAUUGUCUGCCAGUGACCCCACCGUGAUCACGACCGACAAGGUUCGACCCGACUGGGCCCAGAAGCUGGCAAACGCUCGAGCACACGCCGCACGCAGGUCGGCCGCGGCUACUGCUCUCCACACUGCAGCGUACCUUGUGAAUACCAAUUCGAAUGGAAAUGAAUCGCGAAACUUCAGCCUCGGGCGGCGGAGUGUUAUGCGACGAGCACCAGAUGCCCCCAGCGGCUCGGGUCGUACAGGCUCUCCAGCUCUGCAGGCCUUUGCUUUUCUAACCGACCGCCGCGGUACCGGGACCGGGAACGAUACCGAUUCUAACGAGGAGGCAGCGGGUCCCCUCGCACCGCCGCGAAACAGCUCGCGACGGAAUCGCAUCGAUGAUCUGGAGGAAAUGAUGAUGAUGGAAGCAAUCCGGCUGAGCUUAGCUAGCGAAGACGAACGCCGCAAGAGAGAGGAGAAGGAGAUCAGGAAGGAGAGCAAGAGACGGGAGAAAGAAGCUAAAAAGGCGGAGAAGGUGGCGCGCAAAACCGGACUCUACAGUAACAAUGCGAGCGGCUCCGCUCUCGAUGUGCCUACGGGGCUGGGAAGGGUGAUCAGCAGCUCGUCCUCCAUCGCUGGCGAAGAAGCCACAGCCGGCGGCAAGGGCAAGGAGGUGGAGCGCAUGUCCAGUGAACCGACAAGUGUUGGCGCUGCCGCCGCCACCGAAAGUCCAAAUCCUAUUCAUUCUCCGUCCGCCAAUGCGGAAGGCCAGCCUUCGGCCAUGCAGCCCUCGCCCCGAGAACCGGCGAGGCCGUCUCAUCUACGACACGUUUCUAGCGCUUCCUCGUUUUCGUCGAUCGUCGAGUCAAUGUCGGAAGACCAUGCUGGGGCCAGCGAUGCCAAUAGCUCGGCACCCGAGCCGAUGUUCAAUUUCCGAAGCCUGGCCGCGGUGAUCGGGGAUGAGGAGAAGAAGGAUAAAUCCGCCGAACAUGUGGAAGAUGCGCCUUCCAGCCCGACCGCAGAAGGAUCAACAUCGCGCGCCCCUGCACCGACCCCGUCGCAAUCGGAGGAGGACUGCCAGGUGGCAGCACCCACCAAGAAGGCCGAACCGGAGGCGGCCAUGGAGGAGAAGGACGAACAUCUGAUUUCCAAGGAGCUUGAGACCCGCUCGGUUGAGAUUACGGGCACCGCAGGGAAUACCGAGGCCACGUCGUGAUGCGAUUGUACGCGGGGAAGUAUGAUAACAACACCCCGGGAGUAUGCCGGCGCAGAAAGGGGAAUGCCUCGGUUUGGUUUUUGUCCGACUUUGGAUUUACGUGCAUCUGGAUGGGAACAGCGAUGAUGGAUGCGUUCACUCACUUUUGAGAAGUUCAUUUUGUUACUGUAUCUUCAUUUUUUCUUUCCCUAUUCGCAUGGCGGGACCGGAAUUCUCUUUCUUGCUUUCUUUCUUUCAUUCAUUCUUUCUUUCUUAUAUACAUACAUUACCAUAGAUCCUUCCUUUUCCUUUUUUCUCCCUGCU